CACGUCGGCUCUGCUGAGGAAGUAAGGAGUGGACCAGAGAGUGGGAGAGCAACUUUUGUGGAAUCUCCUGAACGCACGGGAAAAUGGAAGACGCCUCCAUUGACGCUUUAAUCCUGAAGCUUCACGAUGUGAACGCGGUGAAGUUUGGAGAGUACAAGCUGAAGAGCGGCAUGUUGACACCCAUCUACAUCGACCUGAGGGUCCUCGUAUCCUACCCGGUGAUCAUGAACCAGGUGUCAAGUAUCAUUUACCAGCGAGCGCAAGAAGAAGGGCUGCAGUUUGACUCGGUGUGUGGGGUACCGUACACGGCUCUGCCUAUGGCCACAAUCAUCUGCUCUCAACAUGAACUGCCCAUGCUCAUCAGGCGAAAGGAGGCCAAGGACUAUGGAACCAAGCGUCUUGUGGAGGGCUCAUUUCGGAAAGGGGACACGUGUCUGAUCAUUGAAGACACAGUGACCAGUGGCAGUAGCAUCCUGGAGACUGCAGAAGUGCUCUUUAAGGAGGGACUGAAGGUGACGGAUGCCAUCGUACUAAUGGACAGAGAGCAAGGUGGCGUAGAGAUGUUGGCUUCUCAAGGAAUCAAGCUUCAUCCCAUCAUCUCCAUGUUCAAGCUGCUCAACGUGCUGCAGGCAGGCGGGCGCAUUGACGCUCAAACCGCCCAGAGUGUCCACAAGUUCAUCCUGGACAACAACACUUUCAGCUGCAAGGAGAAGAAUGGCAGUCAUGUCCCUGCCACUAAGAAGCAGAAUGUGGAGCUGAGCUAUGCAGACCGAGCUGAACUACCAAACGUUCACCCUUUGGCAUCAAAGCUGCUGAAGAUCAUGGAGGAGAAGCAGUCUAACCUCUGCGUGUCCGCCGACAUGACGAGCGGCGAGGAGCUGCUUCAGCUGGCGGACUCUCUAGGUCCAAGCAUCUGCAUGCUGAAGACCCACGUAGACAUCCUGAAGGACUACACAGUAGCCUUCAACCAGAAACUGCAGGCUUUGGCUAAUAAGCACAACUUCCUCAUCUUUGAAGAUCGCAAGUUUGCUGACAUUGGGAACACAGUCAAGCACCAGUAUGAAGGUGGUUUGUAUCAGAUCUCAUCUUGGGCGCACAUAGUGAAUGCUCAUGCAGUACCAGGGCCUGGGGUUGUGAAGGGUCUGAGUGCUGUAGGAAAGCCUCUGGGCCGAGGGUGUUUGCUCAUCGCGCAGAUGAGCUCCCAGGGGUCCUUGGCUACCGGUGAAUACACAAAGGCUGUGCUGGAGAUGGCAGAGGAGCAGUCAGACUUCGUGAUUGGGUUUAUCUGUGGCUCAAAGAUCAGCAAGAGGCCAGAGUUCGUCCAUAUGACCCCAGGGGUGCAGAUGCAGGCUGGAGGUGAUGCACUGGGCCAGCAGUACACCACCCCAGAAGAAGUUCUCUGCAACAAAGGCUCUGAUGUCCUUAUUGUAGGUCGAGGUAUCCUGGAGGCCCCUGAUAGGCUGAAAGCUGCUGAGUCAUACAGAAAGUCCGGAUGGGAGGCUUACACCAAGAGACUCGGUCGGGGUGGUCAGUAGGAGCUCAGGAGUUGCGUAUGUGUCAUUGCAUCUUGGAUUUCAAAUCAAAGCUCUCAGUAACUCGAUUAAGGACCGUUGCGACAGAACUGGAAGUAUUGUCAUUUUAACAUUUUCAAGGAACACCAGGGCGCGUGUAGUCGUAUCCAUAGAAACGUAUGUAGAUACGCUGUCACAUGUAAAUAACCACCUGCUCCUGCACAACCACACAGUUUCACAUUUGUAGCUGGCAGGUGGGGGGAAUUGGAGAUGUUGCUGCUUGCUGAACAUGUAAAUUUUCACUCUGACCUCAGGUUCAUCUGCUCAAGUAUUUCUAACCAAGUUUAAACAGACUUGGGAAAAGUUUUCAGUAUUCCUGGAUGACUUGAGAUCCUUCCUCCUGCCCAAACUGCUCAGAGUUUUGAAAUAAGUUUUGGAUUACCUAGAAUAGCUAGUUUUUUAAAUGAGGUGUCUGCUAAACUCAAGAGGAAUUGUUUGUCAGUGCAGGAGUACAAAGUGCUAUUCUCAUGACAAAGACUACUGCUUCUGCUCAGGGUGAGGCUUUUCUUUGUCACAAACCUACUAUUCCUGUGAAUGCUUUACUCAAUCGAGAUUUGUAGUAGAGAGUGUGGCUUGUAUUUUUAAUUGUUAUGAAAUUAUUUUGGGAAUUUUUCACUACAUGGCGAGGAGUCUUUUGCACUUUGAUCUUUUGCAUCUUGAGGUCACACACGUACUGUUCGAUACAAAACAGAACGUUGUUUUGUAUCGAAUGUGAACAAAUCUCUCCUAGUCAGAGUCUUUACUUCCAGCUUUACAAAGUAUCAGCAAUAAAUCGAUUUUGAAUCCAUAUGUACUGUAAGUGUCAUAUCAGGCUUAGUCAGGAACAGAACACUAAUGGACCAUAAUGUUGACUGUGGUCUCAAUGUAACUAUUUUUAAUUUUUAAGGGAAGGCCAUAACACGGUUUGGUCAGCUACAAAAUGCUGGCUUUUGACUUGCCUGAGAAAAUUCUGGAUCACGUAAAUGCUGAUUAGGCUGCUUGAUGUUUAUUUUUCAACUUUUUCUUUUGAUUUGUCUGUCUUGGUUGAGUCCGAUGUCUGCCGUCAGUGUUGCUGAAAUUCAUUUAGAAUGUGAUUGCACAGAACUGAUCUACCAGUAUUUUUUCCGCUAACUUUCUCUCUGAAAAGACAGUUGAAAAGCAGUUUUGUCUAUAUAAGAUAGAAUCACCUCCUGGUUGUGACAUUUCCCUUUAAAAGUAGCUUGUGGUGUGUCCUGGACCUGGGACAAGUUUGGUACUGCUGGACAUGCCUGCAGUGAAAUGACUUAAAGUUGUUCUUGGUGAUGUUCUGGAUUUAAUGAAUGAAUGUAAAGUCUCCUCUGUCACUGUGAUCUUGUUUGUUGUGUUCCUCCUCCAUUUAAUUUCCUUUUAUGGCUAAAGAAAAAGACACUAAAUACUUCAAUAAAUAAUACAUGUUGGAAAAA